UCAGAACCUCCCUAUGUUAAUCAUUGGCAGGAUUCUCCUUGGUGUCGGUGUAGGAUUUGGCAAUGAGGCUGUUCCUCUAUUCUUAUCAGAGAUUGCACCUGUUCACCAGCGUGGGGCUGUCAACAUUCUGUUCCAGCUUUUGGUUACUGUAGGAAUUCUAUUCGCAAAUCUCGUCAACUAUGGAACUGCAAAGUUGCAUCCGUAUGGUUAUAGAGUCUCCUUGGGGCUUGCAGGCUUGCCGGCCGUGUUCCUUUUUUUUGGCUCUUUAAUCAUAACUGACACACCAACAAGCCUAAUUGAGCGCGGAAAAGAAGACGAAGGAUAUCAAGCUCUCGAGAAGAUUAGAGACCUCAGUGAUGUUGACUUUGAAUUCAAACAAAUUCAAUCUGCCUGUGAUGUAUCCCGACAAGUCAAGACUCCAUUCUGGAAUGUCUUCAAACGCCCAAGCCGUCCACCUCUAGUUAUAGGCAUCUUGAUGCAAGUGUUUCAGCAGUUUACAGGAAUCAAUGCUAUAAUGUUCUACGCCCCUGUUUUAUUCCAAACUGUUGGAUUCAAGGAUGAUGCCUCCCUUUUGUCUUCUGUGAUCACUGGAAUUGUGAAUGUCCUAAGCACUUCGGUAUCGGUUUAUGCUGUGGACAAGUUUGGAAGGAGGAAACUGCUACUUCAAGCAUGCGUGCAAAUGUUUAUUAGUCAGGUGGCAAUUGGGCUUAUUUUGCUACUAAAACUGACAGCAUCAGGCUCACUUUCAAAAUUACUGGCAGGAAUCGUUGUGGGGCUUGUGUGCUUGUACGUUAUGUCAUUCGCAUGGUCAUGGGGUCCUCUCGGAUGGUUGAUACCAAGUGAAACAUUCCCUCUAGAGACAAGAACUUAUGGAUUUGCAUUUGCAGUUAGCUCGAACAUGCUCUGCACUUUCAUUAUUGCUCAGGCCUUCUUAUCAAUGAUGUGUAGUAUGCAGGCCUACAUAUUUUUCUUCUUCGCUGGCUGCAUACUUGUCAUGGGGCUCUUCGUGUGGAAAUUGUUGCCGGAGACCAAGAAUGUUCCAAUUGAUCUCAUGGUGGAAGAAGUCUGGAAGAAACAUCCAUUCUGGAGUAGAUUCAUGGAUUAAAGUUAGCUUAGCAGUACGAUUUGAUCUUUUAUUAGAAGAAACAGUAGUGGUAGUUUAGACA